AUGAAUCGAUUAACGGUGAUUAGUAUAGUUCUUUUUUUCCAGCUUUUCCUUGUCGAUGCACAAUCCCCCUCUAGAGAGAUGGAUCCAACUUCAGGAGAUGCUGUCUCAAAUUUCCAACCAAGCCUCGCAGUUGUCAUAGGUAUUCUCUGUGUCGUGUUUUCCUUAACUUUGUUCCUGCUUGUCUUUGCCAAAUACUGUCACAGGAGAGCAACAGUUCAUGGUGAUCAUGACCCAAGAAUACUCCAUCGAACAAGGUCACGGUUCUCUGGAAUUGACAAGAAAGUUAUAGAAUCACUUCCUUUCUUUAGAUUCUCUUCCCUUAAAGGAUCAAAACAAGGGCUUGAAUGUGCUGUCUGCCUAUCAAAAUUUGAAGAUAUUGAAAUAUUAAGAUUGCUGCCUCAGUGCAAACAUGCCUUUCACAUUAAUUGUAUUGAUCAGUGGCUAGAAAAACAUUCGAGCUGCCCUCUUUGCAGGCAGAAGGUCAACGCUGAGGACCCAACAAUCUUUACAUACUCAAAUAGCAUGCGGUUCUUAUGGAAUCAAUCUGAGCUAAGAGAGGACUCCAACAUAGAGCUCUAUGUCCAGAGAGAGCAAGAGAAUCAUGGCUCAUCAAGAUUCAGAAUUGGAAGCAGUUUCCGGAAAACUGAAAAGGGCAAUAUCGAAAAUGAAGUUCUAAUUAAACAAGAAGAUGCUGACAACGAGGAUGAUGAUGAUGAUGAUGAUGGGAGGGUCCUCCAUAAGUUCAAUCACAAGAUCAUCGUAUCUGAUGUAGUUUUGAAGAACCGAUGGAGCAGUGUGAGUUCUUCAGACCUGUUGUUCUUGAACUCCGAGAUGCUUAACGAUAUGUCGAGCAACAGAUUUUCUUCCCUGGAAAUAAAUGAUGGGCAGGUUACGAAAACAAAAACAAUUGAAAACGAGCAAAUCAUGAAGAUUAAGGAGGAGUUGGAGAUAAAGAGAUUGUUUGAGAGCAAAGUUGGUUCAAUUAACAAAAACAAUCCAGUUUCAGCUCCUGUUCUUCCUUCAACAUCAAAUUCUGAAGCCACUUCGAGUCAUAAAUCAAGGAUUAUUAAUCAAGCUGAGAAAAGAUCAAUGUCAGAGAUCACUGCUUUAUCGAGGUUUCGAGAUGUCAGUACAAGAAAGAGAACAAGUGAGUCUUCAUUUUCUGAUACCUAUACAAAGGAGGAAAGAAUAAGGCGGCUUUGGUUGCCAAUUGCCAGAAGAACAGUCCAAUGGUUUGCCAAUAGAGAAAAAAGGUCUCAACAAUCUCAGGAUACAAUACAUCAUUUAGAUGUUUGAAGAUUUGUUGAUUGAUGGAGAAAUUUCAUGUAGGUAGUUGCAUUUUGUGCAUAAUUUCAAUAGGCAGAGCUAAACACUUCCGUUUAUUAUUUUCCCUGAUUUUACACAAUUUCAUUCCUUUCUUUUUUUUUUUUUUGUUUUUUUAUCUCAAGGAAUAUAUUCCUGUAAAACACGUAUGUGCAAAAAACGUAUAUAGAAAGUGACAGGUAUAAUUAUCCAUUCCAUCUGUUGUAGGAUUUUGUUUACACAAGCAACAGCAACCAAAAAGCUACCUUCUUAAUUUUUCUACCAUGUUCGAUGUUUCCUUCUUGGCUAUUAUUUAAAAAAAAAAACA